GGGGCCGGGGCGGCCGGGUGCCGCGAUGUCGGCGGGCGGGCGGCCCCGUCGAGGUGAGCGCUUGGGGGGGCGGGGGGGACCGCAGGGAGCUGCUGGGGCCGGGGCUCGGGGCCGGGGUUCGAGGUCCGUCUCAGCCCGCGAAGCCGCCGUCCCGUCGGAGCCGCUGUGCUCGGGCCGAUCGCGGUGCCCGCCCCACGCCGACGUUGGCUCCGAGCGAUGGGAACCUGAGGGGUUGAGGGGACCCCUGGCCGCUGUCGGGGGGGGGUCCGGGCGCUCGCGCAGCGCGUGGUCGUGCUUUGGGGAGGGCACGCUGUCGGCUCCCAGCCACGGGGAGCGCUCCCUGCUGCCCCGACGGGUGCGGUGAGGGGCGGAGGGCGAAGGGUUCGCUCCGUGCAGCAGCGGCUCAGCCCACGCUCCUGGGCAGGGCGGCUCGGAGCCUCCGUGCGGGGCAGCGCUGGGACCCCGAGGGCUGCGUGGUGGCCGCGGUUCCGGGCCGCUCUUUCCUCGAUGGUGAAUCCGGUGUCGGUUUUCAUGUUCUGUGGCUGCGACCUUUCAGCUGUUCUCGGCCCGGCUGCUACGGGUCCGCCCCGUGCUGUGCUGUGCCGUGCCGUGCUGUGCUGUCCGCCUCUUCCCCUCCUGCUCCAAGAAGCUGCUGCUGUGCGAAGGGAGUGCGUGAGAAAGUGCAGAGCUGAGCAACGCCGGCAGUCAGCGUGGCGUUCACAAUAGAGGUUAAUCCAUUUCAGCUUUACCUGCCUCUGUCUGGGCUGCUGUUGCUAUUUCUCCUCUCCGUUCUCUGCCGAGAAGAGGUGAAUUGUGUAAUUCAGAGAAGCAGUUGGCUCUGAAGGCAUCAAGCAGAAUGGAAAGAAGCUUGCAGUCAGUCCAGGCUGGAGCCAGGACAGCACCGACAGGAGUGCUCCCAGGCAAAGCAAACUCAAACCAGAGGUGACAACAGAAAUGGUGCGGUCGUCCAACGUGAUGGUCUCAAACGUGGCUUCAAUCUUAUCAGAACCAAAGUUUGGGCUACGAGAUACUAUUGUCAAAUCUCAGCUUGUGCAAAGGGAGGAUUCCUACACGUACAUCCAGAACUUCAGGUUUUUUGUUGGGACUUACAAUGUGAAUGGUCAGUCCCCCAAAGAAAGCCUCCAGCCUUGGCUGAGAUGUGACUCUGCACCCCCGGACAUUUACUGUGUGGGUUUCCAGGAGCUUGAUCUGAGUAAAGAAGCCUUCUUUUUCAAUGACACACCGAAGGAAGAAGAGUGGUUUAAAGCUGUAACUGAUAGCCUUCACCCAGAUGCCAAGUAUGCAAAGGUGAAACUUGUGCGACUCGUGGGAAUAAUGCUUCUGUUGUAUGUGAAAGCAGACCUUGCUUUGAACAUCUCUGAGGUGGAAAUUGAGACUGUGGGAACUGGCAUCAUGGGGAGGAUGGGUAACAAAGGCGGUGUUGCCAUAAGGUUUAAAUUCCAUAACACCAGCGUGUGCGUUGUGAAUUCUCACCUUGCGGCUCACAUGGAGGAAUAUGAGAGGAGGAACCAGGACUUCAAAGACAUCUGCUCUCGGAUGCAGUUCUGCCAGUCGGAUCCAAAUUUGCCACCUCUCACUAUCGGCAAACACGAUGUGAUCUUGUGGUUGGGCGACCUCAACUAUCGGCUGGAAGAACUGGAUGUGACAAAAGUGAAGCAGCUUGUGGAUGAGAGAGCAUUUCCAGAGCUUUGCCAAUACGACCAGCUAAAGAGGCAAAUGAAUGCAAAAGCAGUCUUUGAAGGCUUUACAGAGGGAGAGAUUUCUUUCCAGCCAACAUACAAAUACGACGCUGGCUGUGAUGAGUGGGACACAAGUGAGAAGUGCCGUGUUCCAGCUUGGUGUGAUCGGAUACUCUGGAAAGGCCAGAACAUUGCUCAGCUGAGCUACCGCAGCCAUAUGGCUCUGAAGAUCAGCGACCAUAAGCCAGUUAGUUCUGUGUUUGAUAUUGGGGUGAAAGUUGUGAAUGAGGAGCUCUACCGAAAGGUCUUUGAGGAAAUAGUGCGCUCCCUGGAUAAGGUGGAGAACGCCAACAUACCUUCAGUCACCCUCUCCCAAAGAGAGUUCCAUUUUGAGGACGUCAAAUACAUGCAGCUGCAGGUAGAGAAGUUUACAAUCCUCAAUGGACAAGUGCCCUGCCAGUUUGAAUUCAUCAGCAAACCAGAUGAGGCUACCUAUUGCAAGGAGUGGCUGAUUGCUAAUCCUAGUAAGGGCUUUCUGCUGCCAGGUUCUGAGAUCACAAUUGAGUUGGAACUGUUUGUUAAUAAAUCAACAGCUACACGGUUGAACUCUGGAGAAGAAAAACUUGAAGACAUCUUGGUCUUGCAUCUCGACAGAGGGAAGGAUUAUUUUCUGUCUGUAACAGGAAACUACUUGCCCAGUUGCUUUGGGUCUCCCAUUCAUACGCUGUGUUACAUGAGGGAACCGAUCCAAGACAUGUCUGCAGAAUCCAUUCGGAAUCUUACCCUGAUGCCACUGGAAAUGAGCGAUAAUGCUACUCAAGCUGAAAAGCCUCUGGAAAUUCCCAAAGAGCUGUGGAUGAUGGUGGAUCACUUAUACCGCAAUGCUUCCCAGCAGGAGGACCUGUUUCAGCAGCCAGGCCUCAGGUCUGAAUUUGAGCAAAUCCGAGAUUGUUUGGACAAAGGAAUGCAUGAUACCCUCCUUGGCAGCAACCACUCGGUAGCAGAGGCACUGCUGCUCUUCCUGGAAAGCCUGCCAGAGCCAGUCAUCUGCUACAGUUUCUACAGCAGCUGCUUGGAGUGUGCCAACAACUACGUGCUGAGCAGCCAGAUUAUCUCUAACCUGCCAGAGUGCCAUAAAAAUGUGUUUGAAUAUCUGAUGGCAUUCCUACGAGAACUACUGAAAAAUUCAGGGAAGAACAAUUUGGAUGUGAAUAUUCUAGCUAGUAUAUUUGGUGGCUUGUUACUUAGACCUCCUCCUGGACAUCCUAUGCCUGAUAUAACGGAAAAGAGGAAAGCUCAGCAAUUUAUCCAUCAAUUCCUCCUGAGAGAGAACAAUUUAUCGUGAAUUUCAGAUGCAGCUAAUCUGAUUUUUAGAUAUCAAACUACUGUAAAGAAAAAAAUGUACAGUAUAUCAGUUGUUGUUUUUAAAUCACAGUAUUUUAUACAAUCUCUUGCUAUUAAAUGCAGCUCAGGCAUUUAGAAUCAGGUGUCACUGUUAAUAAGCUGUAAAGGAUAUUGAAUUUCUAAAUAAGCUGUACGUAGACAAGCAAAAAUAUAAAAGCUGAUAUCUACUCUUGUAUUUAACUUGUAUUAAAGCACAGAAUUUUUAAGUCCUUAUUAUUUAAAUAAAAACAUCUCCGUGCAUUUUCCA